AUCGCGUUAAUUUCGUCGAAAAUAAUUCAAAGUUUACUCACUUUCAAUCAUGUCUGCCAUAUUGGUAUCACUGGUGCAUCAUGGUUAUAAUAGCGGUUGCGAUUUGCAUCGCCACGGACGGUACGCUCGCGAACGUUAAUAAAUAUUGCAGAGAUAAGGACAGAUUGAUUACAUCUGAUGAGAAUGACGAAUAUCUGCUUGUCGGCGCCACAAGUAACACGACCGUCAUACUAGCAUGCCGCUAUUGAAGCAACGAGCGAGAGGAGUCCCAACCGAAAAUCUGGUACUACCAAGAUCGGUAUCAAGAGAGCCCGGCAAAGGAAGUUGAACUUGGG